AUGAUCUUGUCAUACGAGCCUUUGUCUAUCCUCACUGGACUGACACCACUUCAUUGUGCCACUAUGUCUCAGAAUCUUGCAAUAGUUAAGGUUCUUCUGGCCUCUAAUGCAGAUGUCACAACACGAAACGCACGCGGGCAAACGGCACUUAUAUUGGCAUCAAUAAUUGGCAGUCAUGACAUCGUAGGAUCGCUACUCGCACACAGAUCCAACAUUUCAGAUAAGAAUGCUCUUGGCACUACAUCGCUCAUUGCCGCAGCACGUGGAGGCCAUGUAGAUGUGGUCAAACUACUGGUGGAGGGCGGAGCCGACCUCAAUGCACGGGAUUGUCUGGGAAGAACGGCUCUCUACGAAGCCGCCUAUUACGGUCAAACUGAUAUCGUUAAGUAUCUCUUG